AAUUGCUAACUGGUGGCUACAACCCACGCCCCUCUACCUCAGUGGCCCUGUCACCAGUCACUACCCUCCACACCCCUCGCUAAUGUUAGCCAUCCCAAUUGCCUCCUUGCCACAUCUUAGAUAAGCAAGCGCACCGGCACCAGGCAAAAUUCCACAAAACCGACCCUUGAUAACCUCAGAAAAAACCAAGUCACGGUAACUCGAAGGUGAAACCAGUCUUUGUAACAAUCAAUCGUUGGGCCGCUCAAAUCAAUCGUUGUCCACACCGUUCAGUCUCCUCCCACUAACCAUCUCGUGGACCCGGAAACACCAGCCCUUCCCCAUCUUCGUUCCUGGCAUUGCCGACCAGACAUAGAAUUCUGAAACCAGCAGCAAACCAGCUCGUCUCGCAAAGUCCAUCCCACACCGAACCGCAAGCUUAGUAUGGGUGUUUGUUGCAGUUGUUUGAGCUCCCGCAGCUCCGAUGGCAGCCACGCCCCCUUGUUGUUGGCUGAAAACGAAAGAGAGGCCAUCUCGGCUCUUUUACAGUACUUGGAAAACCGCUCCGACGUGGACUUCUUCUCCAACGGGCCUUUGAAGGCCUUGAGCACCUUGGUUUACUCGGAAAACAUCGACUUGCAAAGAAGUGCCGCCUUGGCCUUUGCCGAGAUUACCGAGAAGGACGUCCGUGAAGUCAACCGUGACGUCUUGGAGCCAAUCCUCAUCUUAUUGCAGAGCACAGACUCAGAGGUGCAGAGAGCAGCCUGUGGUGCCAUGGGAAACUUGGCGGUCAACACAGAAAACAAGAUCUUGAUUGUGGAAAUGGGUGGCUUAGAACCCUUGAUAAGACACAUGAUGUCCACCAACAUCGAGGUCCAAUGCAAUGCCGUGGGUUGUAUAACCAACUUGGCCACCCAGGACGAUAACAAAUCGAAAAUUGCCAAGAGUGGUGCUUUGAUACCUUUGACUAAGUUGGCCAAGUCCAAGGAUAUUAGAGUACAAAGAAACUCCACUGGAGCACUUCUUAACAUGACCCAUUCCCACGAAAACAGACAAGAAUUGGUGAAUGCUGGUGCUGUACCCGUCUUGGUGUCUUUAUUGUCGAAUGACGAUGCUGACGUCCAGUAUUACUGUACCACCGCUCUUUCCAACAUUGCUGUGGAUGAACUGAACAGAAAGAGACUAGCAAGCACUGAGCCAAAGCUCGUCAGUCAAUUGGUCAACUUGAUGGACUCACCAUCUCCAAGAGUACAAUGUCAAGCAACUUUGGCUUUGAGAAACUUGGCUUCUGACUCCGGCUAUCAAGUCGAGAUUGUUAGAACGGGCGGAUUACCUCAUUUAGUCCAAUUGUUAACCUGUAACCAUCAACCAUUAGUACUUGCCGCAGUUGCAUGUAUCAGAAACAUAUCCAUUCACCCAUUAAACGAAGCUUUGAUAAUCGAGGCUGGGUUCUUGAAGCCUCUUGUUGGUUUGUUGGAUUACACUGACCUGGAAGAAAUCCAAUGUCAUGCUGUAUCCACUUUAAGAAACUUGGCGGCAUCCAGUGAAAAGAACAGAACUGCUCUUCUUGCUGCUGGAGCGGUUGAUAAGUGUAAAGAAUUGGUGUUGAAGGUGCCGUUAUCUGUACAACUGGAAAUCUCCGCAUGCUUUGCAAUCUUGGCAUUAGCUGAUGAUUUGAAACCAAAAUUAUAUGAGAGCCAUAUUAUAGAUGUCUUGAUUCCAUUGACUUUCAGUGAAAACGGUGAGGUUUGUGGUAACUCUGCGGCUGCAUUAGCCAACUUAUGUUCUAGAGUUUCCAAUGAGCAUAAACAAUAUAUCUUGAAUAACUGGUCCAGUCCAGAUGAAGGAAUCUAUGGAUUUUUGCUCAGAUUUUUGCAAAGUGAUAGUGCUACUUUUGAACAUAUUGCCUUGUGGACAAUUUUACAAUUGUUAGAAUCAAAUAACCAGGAGAUCAAUUCAUUGAUCAAGGACAACGAAUCCAUUCUUUCGGGUAUCAAAAACCUAAGUGCAUCUCAACAAUUACAAUCCCAAUCACAGAUCAACCAAACUACCAAUGAUGAUCAAUACGACGAUCCUAAGGUUGAAUUAUACAACUUGACCCAACAAAUUCUUCAAAUCUUGGGAUAAGUUCAACGAACUCAAUCCAAAUAUUAAACGUGUGAAACAUUGUUGGUUGCAUGACUAACAAUUGAGGAAUUGACGGGGUGAGUUGAUAUAGAUUAAUCGACCAGACCUUCAUUGUUCGGAAAAAUAGCCAUAGGUACCUUAUAAUAUUCUAACUCUUUAAU